AUGCAAUACAGAUUGCCUGCCUCAGACAUGGGCGAAGCAGACGAGAAUGUCGUUCGUGUUCAUCGUGAUGAAUUCGGUGGCGUUGUGCUUCAGCACGACAUCGGUCCAGAGAGAACUUUGAGUGAGCAAGAAGAGUGGGCAAUUGAACAUGCGAAGUUGCACGAAAAACAUAGAGGUCACGAACAAAUGCACCUUGAAAUGAUGCUCAUACUCGUGGUAACGCUUGUUGUCGCUCAAGUCUUCCUGGUGCAGUGGAAGAAGAGGCACUUCAAAUCUUACCAGCUCUGUACCUUAUUGGGAAUGUGGCUAAUUCCUGUAUAUGUUUGCCUUUCGCGUAGUUGGUACAGGUUUCUUGUCACCUGGCUAAUUUAUACUAUAUGUUCUACAUGGAUCUGGCGCAAAUCCACUGAAGAUCACAUCAGUGGAACGACUCCAAGACUUGUUUACAAGUGGUUUCUAUUCCUGCAUAAGCUCAGCUAUGUGCUUGGGGUAGCCGGCUACAUAAUUAUGAUCUUUACGCUCAUGGGUCUCAACUUUAUUUUUGGAUUGCAGUCAACCACUUGCAUGGACGCAGUUGAGAGUGUCCUAGGAAUUCUUCUCUUGUUCUAUGGUUUGUAUUACGGAGUUCUCGGCCGUGAUUUCGCUCAUAUCUGCACUGAUCGAAUGGCGUGCAAAAUAGGG